UGGAGUUUGCGUUGUGUAACUUCGAUUUCAAAAUCAUUUAAUUACUGGACAAAUCAUGUCGCUGACUAGAAAGAAAAAAGUUAUAAGGUUUUCGCUUCACUUCUCAGGACGAAUGAAAAUAGUGUUUGGGUUUUUAACGGCGUCUCUCGUAUUUAAAGUCAUUUCCUACAUGUUCGUCCCGAAUGAUGACCCGAGUCUCAAGGAAUCAUCUCUCAUCCAUUCAGCCUUGAGCAGUUCAGAGAGGCAAGAAAAAAACAUUCCGUCCAGACGGGAGCACAGGGUUGACUGCUCGGCAAUCAUCAAUGGUGAUAUGCUGGAAAUUAAAAAAGCUGAAGCGUUAGCACGGAAGUUACGUCAGGAAGGGGCAUAUUUAACCGCAGCUCGUUACAGAAGGUUGUGCGAGAAUUGCAGUGAAUUUCUUUUGAAGCGAGGCUAUGUAACAUCCCCACUUACCCCCCGAGAACGGGGAUUCCCCAUCGCUUAUUCUAUUUUGGUUGCAGAAGAUAUAGAAAUGGCUGAACGUCUGCUCCGUGCCAUCUAUCGGCCCCAGAAUUAUUACUGCGUUCAUGUUGAUCUUAAGGCUUCUGAAGUGAAUGAAGCCUUUGUGUCCAUGUCCUCCUGCUUGCCCAAUCUGGUCAUACCUGAGAGACGUGUUUCAGUCGAGUGGGGAAAACUCUCUGUACUGGAGGCGGAGCUGCAAUGUAUGGAGACACUCUGGCCCCGCCCCGCUUGGAAAUACUUCAUUAAUCUGACGGGCAAAGAGUUCCCACUCAAGACAAAUGCAGAACUUGUUGAGAUUUUGAUAGCACUCCAAGGUGCUAACGACGUACACGGCACUUUAAAAGAAACUUACAGGGAAAAUUGGCGAUUCCCUCACCGAGCUGUUUGGUUUCGCCCAAUGAAGGGCUCCACUCACGUGACUCUUAGCCGAGCCUUCGUCGACUUUGUGCUUCAUAACAAACGGGCGAGGGACGUCUUCAAGUGGGUGACAACUUUGAAAUCAUUUCACGAUGAGGCUUUCUUUUCAACCCUAAACCAUAACCCUCAUCUGGGCGCACCUGGCUCUUAUAAAGGUAACCUAGAGCUGACGGAGGAAAACAAGCCCCAUUUGAGCCGGUACAAAGUAUGGAAUACAUCAAAUGAGACGUUUUGCUCGGCUAAUUCCUGGCUAAGACACAUUUGCAUAUUAUCCAUUGGUGACUUGCCACUGAUGGUGCGAAGUGUCAAGUUAUUUGCUAACAAGUUUAGCCUGCAGGAUGACCGUCUGGCAAUCAGCUGUCUGGAGGAAUGGCUCUACAAUUCUACAUUGAACACAAACGUAGGCAUUAACACGUCAUAUUAUUCCAACUUGGACUUCGUGAAAAAUCAAGUUCGAUAAAUUCACAAGGCAGUAUUCUCUGCAAAGUGUAGAUCUUGUUCGUUCAUUUGAGAUUUCUAGUGCUAUAAUCACGUUCACUUCACAAAUGCCCCCUGACUGACUUCAUCAGCGUUUUUGUAACUAAUAACUACUGAGGAAAUUAUGCAGUGCUUGGAAUGACAGACGUAACAUUUUUUUUUUUUUGCCUUUACCAUUAUAAAAUGUGGAGUUUUUAUUGUAAAAAAAGCCGACAUUCAUUAAAAAAUCAAAUC